AUGAGCACGACAAUACUAGCGAAUCUACUAGAGAAUCCACAAGAUAUAUUUAAACUACUGAGUGGAGAUCCAACAAAAGAAAAUAUAUUCAAUGAAUUAACUAAAAAAACAAUAGAUCCAAUAGUAAAGAAUUAUUCAGUAUUAGAUGAAAUAUAUACUGAUGGAUUAGAUUCAUCUCAAGUAUUUGGUCAAACUAAAAUGGUACUUGAUGGAAUUGGAAGGCAGUUGUUGGGAGAAGAGAUUCCAAAAAUUAAAGAAACUAUUGUAGAGGAAGAAGAAGAGGAAGAAGAAGAUGAAGAAGAAGAGGAAGGAGAAGAGGAAGAGGAAGAGGAGCAAGAAGAGGAAGAACAAGAAAACGACGAAGAUGAAAUAGACGAAAUUGAUUCAGAAGAGGAGGAUGAGCAAGACGUUUCAGACCAAAAUGGAGACUUUGACGACGAUAAAGAGACUCUAGUUGAAAGUGAAGAAGAAAAUGACUCCCCUCAACAUAAGAAAGAUGCAUUUGGAUUAAAUGAUGGAUUUUUUGAUAUAGAUGAAUUCAACAAACAAAUAUUAGCAUUAGAGAAUGAACCAGAAGAUGAUGUAAAUGAAGAAGAGAUAGAUUAUUUUGGAAGUAUGGAUGAUGAAGAAGAAGAUGAACAAAUGGAUUAUUAUGAUGAUUUUUAUGACAAACCUGGACAAUUUAAUAAAAAAUUACAGAAGAAACAAGAAAGAGAAGAGGAUGAAAUAAGUGAAAGCGAAUUUCUUGACGAUGAUUAUGAUAAAGCUAUUGAUUCUGCAAGACUUGAUUUAUUUGCUGAGGAAGAAACCAAACACACAAGUGAAAAUUUAUCAUCUUUUGAAAAACAACAAAGAGCAUUACAACAAGAAAUUGAAAAACUUGAAGCUGAAUUAGUUGCAGAUAAAAGAUGGACAUUAAAGGGUGAAAUAACGUCAAAUCAAAGACCAAAAGAAUCAUUACUUGAAGAGAAUGAAUUAUCAUUUGAUCGUACAGCAAAACCAGUUCCAACAAUAACAGAAGAAGUAACUGAAACAAUAGAAGAUCUUAUAAGAAAAAGAAUUAAGAAUGAUGAUUUUAAUGAUUUACCUAAAAGAAUAGUUACAGAUUUAUCAAGAUUUCACAAGGGACCACAAGCAGAAGUUUCAGAACAAAAAUCAUCAAAAUCAUUAGCUGAAUUAUAUGAAGAUGAAUAUAAUCAAAUAGAUUCAAAACAAGAAGAAUUAAAUGAAGAAGAAAAAAGACAACAUAAUGAAAUAUCAGAAUUAUUUACAAAUGUAAUACAUAAAUUAGAUGCUUUAAGUUCAGCUCAUUUUAUACCUAAACCUCAUCAAAGUAAAAAUAUCGAAAUUAAAGUAACAGAUUCUUCACCUGCUUCAAUAAGUAUGGAAGAUGCUCAACCAUUACAUGUAUCAAGUGAAUCAAGAUUAGCACCACAAGAAAUUUAUAAAAUUGGUGAUGAUUCAAGAACUGCUGGUGAAAAGGGAAAAUCGGAAGUAUUGUUGAAAUCAGGAUUAUCAUAUUCAAAAGAUGAAUUAGACCGAGAUGAAAAACAGAGGCUUAGAAGAGCAAAUAAAAGAAAGAAAUCAAAAAUCUUUAAAGAAAGAGAAGAGACUAAAAGACAAAAGAUCAAACAAACUCCUACACCAAAAAGAACUUCUAAUAAUGAUGUUAUUGAUACUUUAUCUAAAACUAAAAAUAUUACUGUUGUUGGUAAAAAAGGUGAAAAAACUGAUGUUAAAGGUAAUUUGAAAAAAUCUUUAGGUCCACAAACAUCAAAUAGUUUUAAAUUGUAA